GCUCCCGCCCCACCCAGUCCAGGCCACGCCCUGGCGUAUGACGUCAGCACGCCCUGUGCGUCGCGGCGCGGCGCUCACUGGGGGCCCGGCUUUCGCCCGCUGCUGCCGCCGCCGCCGCCGGCCGCGGCUGCUCUCCCAAGAUGGCGGCUCCUCCGGGCGAGUACUUCAGCGUUGGUAGCCAGGUGUCGUGCCGGACGUGCCAGGAGCAGCGGCUGCAGGGCGAGGUGGUAGCCUUCGACUACCAGUCCAAAAUGCUGGCUUUAAAAUGUCCCUCUUCCAGUGGAAAGCCCAACCACGCAGACAUCUUGCUUAUAAACUUACAGUAUGUUUCAGAAGUGGAAAUAAUUAAUGACCGAACAGAAACCCCUCCUCCCCUAGCUUCACUCAACGUUAGUAAGCUUGCCAGCAAAGCACGGACAGAGAAGGAGGAGAAGCUGAGCCAGGCCUAUGCAAUCAGCGCUGGUGUCUCCCUAGAGGGCCAGCAGCUCUUCCAGACCAUACACAAGACCAUUAAAGACUGUAAAUGGCAAGAAAAAAACAUCGUAGUCAUGGAAGAAGUUGUUAUUACACCCCCAUAUCAAGUGGAAAACUGUAAAGGCAAAGAGGGGAGUGCACUGAGCCAUGUACGCAAAAUAGUUGAAAAACAUUUUAGAGACGUGGAAAGCCAAAAGAUACUGCAGCGUUCACAAGCCCAGCAACCACAGAAGGAGGCUGCCCUGUCAUCCUGAGUCCACACAUACGGAGGACUCUUCCAGCAUCCAGCCAAGGAGGCGAUGGUGGUGGCUUCAGCGGAGGCAGGCCGGGGGAGGGAAGGGAUCCUAUAUUUCCGGUUGGCUCUUGUUAACAGAGGGUCAGCAUUUCCAAAUCUUAGACUUGAACAAACAAAACACCCAACAAAAAAGAACAAGAGAAUAAUUUAAAAGUUGAAUCAUUACUUGACUAACAGACUUCGGUCCACCAUGUCCUUUUCACAGCCCCCUUCUGGAACAGUCACCUUGUUAAUUUUAUUUUUGAAAAUUCCUUUCCUGCUCUGCCCUUUCACCUCUGACUUUCCUUUCCCAGUCUGUCUCUGCCAUUCUGUUUUUAUAAGUGGCUACACUUGCCUUCCGAGUGAUUGAAAGAAACUUUUACAUCUUCUCUUCCAAAAUAAAAGUAACAAGCUGACUGUGAUACUUAAGUUGAGACUAGAGCAGCAGACAAAGGUCUCACUUUAAAUUUUUCUUUUUUUUUUUCUUUUUUUCUUUUUUUGCACAGGGCAUGGCUUGAAUUAGUUUUAUUUUUCUUAACUUUAAAUAUAUAUAUGAAAAUAUAUAUUAAAAUGUUCUCUAAAUAUUUUCUGCUUCUUGCAGGUCUCUUUUUACUAGAUCAUGGCCACUCUUCCCACCUCAUCCCUCUGAGAAUAAAAAUGUAUCGUCCUCCCCACCACCCAUAGCCAGGCACCUAACUUAGUGCACAGCGAGGAUCUCCCGCAGCACUUUGUAGAGCCAAUGUUUGCAGAUGGGAUCUGGCUUUGAGGGUUCCUGGUGGCUUUUUAGUCUUCUAACUAUACGUGUACCAGUCUCACAUUUGGCAAAAACCUCAGGAUUCUCCUUUUGCCUUUUUCUUACUUCAUGGUACUAGAAGAACUUUCUCACCACCCUCCUAUCUCCUCGAUGGGAACGUCAGCUGCCCCGUCUUGUGCCCUCUGUAGGAAGAACUAUUUUGCAUGGCACAUCUCAGCUCCUCCUUGAAGGAUGGUUUUCUUUCAUAAGAAACCCAGAGUCCACCUAUCCUGACCUCUUUAAGUCUGUAUCCAGAGCCACUAGCCCAGGAGAAAGUUUGGGUGACCUGCCGUUUCUCUUCUGCCAACCUACUGCUCUUAUGACCCUCCCUACCACCCCUGAAAUUUUACAAGCUUACGACAGUUUGUAUGUGCUCAGCCAAUGGGCAGAAAACCUGGGAAGAAUUUCUGGACUUCAGCCCACCAGUUUGUCUGGUUUGACUAACCUGCUGAGAGCUACCUGGCACCCUUGCCCCUGUGCCUAGGCAGUCCAGAGGGGCAGAGUGUAUCAGGUACUGUGGCGUGGGACAUGGGUGAUGCUCAUGUGACUGGCUAGAGCUUUGGGGGUGGGGUGGGGGUUAAUGAAUAUUUUUUUGGCCAUGAUCUCUUUCCCCUUCCUUUUUUUUUUAAUUAAAUAAAUGGAUCAAAAUUAAAUAAUUCAAGCCCUGCCUUCAAAAUGAAUUUUUUUUUUUUUUUUAGUAUUGUUUAGCAAAAACAAUAAAACCCAAAUUUUUUUAACCAUCA